AAGACAGAAUAUGAAGGUUCGAAUCAACGCGAGUGGGGAUACCAUAGUUCUGAAGUUCGUUCGACCCAACCCUGACAUCAAACUUGAAGGCUACAUUUUAGGAUAUGGUUCCAGCAUGUUCUCCAAACAGUUCAUUCAGCUUCCAGAAAAUGGGGAACCCUAUGAGACCGAGAUUGAUGCUGAGCCCAAGUAUCUGGUAGCUGUUCAGCCCAUCCCAACCAAUGAUGUGAAAAAGCACUGCACAGGUAAGGUGAACCUGGACAAACCUCUUCACCUGGUGAUCGAUUCUGUCACACCGACAUCUGUACUUCUGUCCUGGGGAACCUACUUAAAGACGCCCUACGAGGGAAACAUCAUGAACGACUGCUUGGAGGAUGGGCAUUACACCAUCCGCUAUAGAGAAAGGAACAGGAAGUGGAUCUACCAAACCUGCCCCACCUCUGAUACUGUGAUCGACAACCUCAAGCCCAACACACCCUAUGAAUUUGGUGUCCGAUCCAACAAAGACGACCGUAGUGGAAUGUGGAGCAAACCAGUCAUCCACAACACGAACAUGGGAGACAAAAAAAUGCAGACAACCUUCAAGUCCAACCGCCCCUUUGUCAAGACUUUGGUUGCACCCCACAGCAGUCUGUUCCCACCUCGACAUGCUCUCCACAACAUAAGCCAGCCAGGACCGCCCAAAAACACAGGUGUUAAUGGAGGUCCCAAGACAUCUUUUGUGCCACCAAUGGUCCAGCAAGGAACUGUGGCUGCUCCAAGAGCCAAUGAGCCAAAAUGGCCUCAGCUCCCAUCCGAUUCAGACAGUCAUGUUAGAAAUGACUCCUCUCACCUGGUGGAGUUCCGUCCCAUCCUUCCCCAAUUCCUAUCCACUAAGCCCUCCCAUCCUUCAGUCACCCCUACCCCCUAUUCCUUACCCAGCAGUGCCCGGACACCCCUACAUGGACACCCCCAAACCAGGGCACCUAGUGCCACUCAGAUGCCACAUAGUUCCUCCGAUAAGAGCAUCCGGAGAGACUCCAUCUCUUCUCUUCCACCCAAACCUGUCGAUUCAGUCCUAACAGUGACCACAAGGAAUCAGACGUCCAUGGGCAGAUACCAUUUCUCUCUCUCUAAUGGCAUGAGACCUUCUUCCCCCAGGCUUGGUGGUGACUCGUCCAGAAGAUAUGGGGGUUCUCCAGCUGCACGCCUUCCUAUUCCAGCAAAAAAGCCCAAUCUUGUUGGCAAUCCUGGAGGAUUAGGAGACAAGAUAACAGACUUGAAUCAGGAUAAAGCUUCCAUCUUGAAACCCAAGCUGCCACCUGUAACAGCAAAACCAACCAAACCAAAGACAACAACAUCUCCCACAGUGACAGCACCCCGAUUUGAGACAUGGGAGAACUCUUCAGUAUUCAGCUCUGUUCCUGCUUCUAAAGUUGAUGCCAUGGGCAAAGAACGCUACAUUGCUCCACAUGUGGUCUAUAAGACGGAUAAGAAGCCAGAUGAACCCUGCUCCAUCACCACCUCUCUGAGUUACUUCCCUGAGGCGGAGGCUGGAGAACAAAAUGUCACCAACCCUCCAAGAACAGCCCCAUCCAACCUCACUGUUGUAACCGUGGAAGGAUGCCCCUCCUUCAUUAUUCUUGAUUGGGAGAAAACAGAUAAUGAGACGACAGAAUAUGAGGUUAUCUCAACUACUAAAGGUCCUGAUGGUGAACAGGUUUCCAUUUUGACCACCAACCAGACUCAUACAGCUGUGGAGAACCUCAAGCCAGAGAGAAGUUAUGAAUUCAAGGUGAAGCCCAAGAAUGAACUCGGAGAAGGGCCGUCCAGCGAACCAGUGACCUUCAACACAGAGUCAGCGGAUCCGCGUGUAAGCGAGAACGUUUCAGGUAAAGAUGCCAUUUGGACCCAGUUCCCAUUCAAAACCGACUCCUAUUCUGAGUGCAACGGGAAGCAGUAUGUCAAGAGGACGUGGUACCGCAAAUUUGUUGGCAUCCAACUCUGCAACUCCCUACGAUACAAGAUCUACCUGAGCGACUCCCUUAAUGGUAAAUUCUACAAUAUUGGAGACCAGACAGGUCACGGUGAAGACCACUGCCAGUUUGUGGACUCAUUCCUGGAUGGAAGAACGGGCACUCAGCUCCCUGCAGACCAGCUACCAAACAGGCCAGGCUUCUACAGAGCAAUGAGACAAGAGCCAGUCCACUUCGGCCAGAUAGGUGGAAACUCCCAUAUCACCUACGUCGCAUGGUACGAAUGCGGUACGCCAAUCCCAGGGAAAUGGUAGGACCGGAGCAAGUGUCUGCAAGGAACCCUUAAGAAUAACUCUCAUUGGUUGGGGUUGGUGCCUGCUAAGGUCACAUGACAGGCUUCUUUUUUUUACUGUUUCCCCCCCACCAAUGAUGGUGAGUUUGGUCACUCCUCAGCCUACGUCACCAAAGUUAAUACCAUGUAUAUAAGUGUAUAGGAUCAAAGUCAGGGAAUACUUUUGAGUGCAUUUGUGACAUGAAAUAGCAGAACAGUGCCUCAUAUUGUUAUUUAUCAUGCAAUAAUUAGAACAACGGAAAAUAAAUCAAUAAAUACUUAAUUAUGAGAAAAACACUUUGGAUACAUUGAUGUGAUGAACGAAACAAAACAAUAAAAGAAAGAAAGGUAAACGUACUUGUUUAAAUAUUGGGAAGCUGGCUCCCUGAAACUAUUUUGAUAUUUUGUGUAAUAUUAUUUAUCAAAGUUUGUGGUUUCUUCAUUGGCCUUCUUCCAGUGAGAAAGGGCCAGGUUUUUAUUAAGUGCUUUAAAGGCAGCCUGGGCUUUUGUCUACCACCAGAGGCAGCUGUAUUAGUUUAGGUCUCUGAUAUGUGAGAUGAUAUGUAUAGCUGGGACUCUUUGUAAUGUUGCUUUUAUGGACACAUUGUACUGGCUCAACAAGUCAGGUUGCCCACACUAGAAUAGACACAAUGGACUCAAGACAACGACACGUCUUUGUUUACAACGGGUUGGGAUGAACAUAAUCAUUUCCUUUACAAACACACAUGCAAAUACUAUUCACUCAGAUGCUUUGUACUAUGGCUAUAGUCUUCCAAUGUAAGUCCUGGUAUAUUUUAUGGUUCUAGAUUGUAAGGACAGCCUUACACUUGCAAUUUGCACAGCACAAAUAUAUUUAUAUGUAUAUGGAGAGAGUAUUUUUUUUCUGGAAACCUAUGAGAGAAUAAAAAAUCCUUCCCCUUUAAGCUUGUGAACUAUGAUACAAGUUGAAAACAUAAAAUAAAAAAAACACUUUUUUUGAGUGUUAUCCCACUGAAUACUUCAAGGAGUCUUGAAGAUCGUAAUACUUCAAGAAGAGCUUAUCUGGGUCCCAUACUUUGUACAGUUGUGUUUUGAGUUUCUCUGACUUCUCCGUAUUUUCAUGGAAUUUGUUUGUAAGAUGAAACUGUUGGUUGUUGUUCUGGAUUUGUUUUCUUCUGUAUGUAUUUUACAAUAAUAAUAAAAAAAAAAACUAACUGAAACAAA